GUACGGUGUUAAGUUAUCGGCAGAUAGGCGGUCAGUUUUGUCGUGCUUUCUGACUAUAAGACGUUGAUGGCUUUUACGAGACGACACACUGAGGAAAUACGAUCGUGUCUGCGAGUACAUGUGUAGCUAGUGGGUUGCCUUCAACAGCUGACCUGUCGCCGACGUAGCAUAACAGCGUAUGUAUGGAAAAAUGAACAUGGCUGACAUGGGCAGUUACGAAGCUGAGGGUGUGGUGCGGAACCCACCUCGAUCGCACACCCCUCCGUUACCCGAAGGAUGCGAACCUCUAACCAAUCAAGUGGCCGGACAUACGCACGGGAAGGGGAAAGCAGGGCUGUUACAAAGUGCAGAUGGAACUAUUCUGAAACCUAUUUCCUCCCGCCCUAGUGGAAAACGAGAGUUGGGAUUUUAUCAAGAAGUCUUCCGGGAUGACCAGUCUGAUCCGGUUCUUACCGGUCUAAGGCGGUUUAUACCACAAUAUCACGGAGUUUUAACAAUAGAACAACAUUAUUUUAUCAGCUACAUGAAACUCGAUGACAUCACUAAGUGCUUCAGAAAACCAUGCAUCAUGGACAUAAAAAUUGGUCGCCGUAGUUGUGUCCGCGGCGCACCGCAAACGAAAGUAGAAAGCAGUACACGAAAACAUCCUCAAUUGGACAAAGUUGGCUUUCAGAUAACCGGCAUGAGGAUUUACCACCCUUCCAAAGACCAGUUUGUGUUAUAUGACAGAUCUUUUGGUCGUGAACUUGAAGGACAUCUAGUCAUGACAGGUUUGACUAGAUAUUUCAGCAAUAGGAAAAUGUUUCGUCGAGACGUAAUCCCUGCUUUCAUCAGACGCCUAGAAAAAAUAGAAAACUGGUUUAAUUGUCAAGAAAAAUACCAUUUCAUUUCAAGUUCGUUAUUGUUUGUGUAUGAAGGUGACAUUGCUAAUGACGAACAUGGUAAUAACAAUGACGUCAUUACAAAUGGUGUGAAUGAUGACGUCAUUCGUGAUGUCAUCAAAGAUACCUCAAGCAGUAACAAUAGUUCUAAUAAUACAUGUAUACGUGAUAACGAUGACAUGCCUUCUGCUGAGAAAGGUACAGGUGAACCAGAAGAAUCAGACCACGUGGUGUCGAUAGAACCAAACAGAUCCCUCAUGCCAGAAGAUGCUCUAACUGACAUCAGGAUGAUCGAUUUCCCCCAUGCAGUGCCCUCAACGACAGCGGAUGAUGAUUACCUGUAUGGUCUUCGUAAAUUGUUAACGUGCUUAAGGACUUUAUUAAUCGAGGGCCCGGAUCAGCACCAGCGUAUGUAUCUAGAUUGAUCAUACUCUGCAAGAACUUGAAACACCAAAUGUGUUUAAAGACUUUUCACAGAAAGUUAUUAAUCGCAAUUUCAUGGCGGCGUGUUGGCUUCCAAGCGUCGAUAUAUUUUAUAUUUAAAAGAACACACACCAAAAUGUUUUAUGUGGGGGGGGGGUAUUGUUUGACAUUCAGCUUCUCUUUAUCUUUUAGAUUGCUUCAGGUUUACGUACCAUCACCCCCCCCCCCACACACACACACACACACACACACACACACACACACACACCCCCAACCGAGUAAAUUAUUCAAUCUAUUGUUUCGUCCAUCAUACAAUGGUCACCGACAUCCUGCCCCUAUCACAUCACAUUACGGCAUGGCAUGGAAAUGUUUGAUUUAAAGUUCCUCAAAAUUCCUAAGAGGCUGAUUUUGUUUGGCUCAUUUGUUAAUAUGUGCACAACGAGGCGGUGACCGUGUGCGUCAUAAACUAACUGCGAACGAGGCUGUAAGCUGCUGACGUAAUCGGACGUAAUAUUGAAACCGCUAAUGGCAUGUUUUCGAAUCUGAUAAAGUGUCAAUUUCUUCGUUAUAGGGGAAAAAAGAGUCGAUAAAAUUUAACGGUGAUCAAAGGACAAUGCCUGCAAUCCACGCAGCCUUGUUUGUUAUGCAAUGUUUGCUACAUUCUCGGGUGGGUUCUUCAAGUGAAAAGAUGUGCUGCCAAAUGAGUUACUGGUUUUGAGUCAAGGAGUCUGUGAAAAAAGUGCUGCCUUUUCAAUAUUCGUUAUUAAAGGGGUAUAUAUUUAACACCUGACAAUAACCCUUAAAAAUCGCACAUUCUGAGAAACCAGCUCAUAUCAUAUUAUAUAGCAUAUCAGAAGUAUAAGUGAGGGCUAAACAUUUUAUUGUAAAAGAGGUUUUUAUUCUCGCGUAUUGGCUGUUUGGAAAGGAGUAGGUGUCUGGUCGUACCAACAGCAUAUUCGUUUUUACGGAAGCACCCCCACCUGGUUUCGUUUUUGAACACCCACCGUUGAACCAAUGGAUCAUUAGAUAUGCAAUUGUAAUGAAUUUCUAGGGAGGGAAACACGUAAUACUAUUAAUACAUAUAUGCAUCUCAUUUAAUAUAGCAAACUUUAACAUAAUAUAUGAGAAAAUCUGAUUUCAUUUCCCUAAGUCAGACGCGAUAAUCGCACAUCAUGGCGCCCCAAUCUAGCUAACUGGGCUGAUUCGAGGUAUAUUCAAGUUGGUAAUGAUGCAAACUCCCUAAUAAGUAAUUUACUAUGCAUUUCAAUUGUGCCUUCGGAAUCGUAAUUUAGCAAUCAUGAAUAUAGACAAUGUGAUUUUCUGCAUAGUUUUAUUAUUAUUUACUAAAUAAUUAAUGUCAAGUUUAUCGUGACGUUCAUUUGUAGUUUGGUGUGACAAGUGUCAAUUGGGUAGUAUUUUGGUAUUCAUAAACUGGGAAACUUUCAGCAGUGUAAUCUAUAUAAAGGAUUGGGCCGUUUGAGAUAAUGGGGUCAAAAUAAAGAAUAUUACUACGUAAUAUAAAUCACAGCUACCAGGGACUGUUGCUGUGUUCCAUUUCACUCAAUUCUUGCACUUUUUGCGGUGCGGUAAAAUUAUUAUCACGAAAACGUAUAAAGAUGAACACGUUAUUAUUGUACAAAAUAAUUGUAUUUGUGCUCGGACCGUAAGUUCAAAGCUUUUCCUUUUUCACUUAUUUUUCCAACUUUGUGUUCAUUUCAAAUUGUACGAGUAUUUUGGUUGAUUUACGAGCAUUUUUGUUGAUUAUUGUAUCAUCACUCGGGAUUUGAUAUUUUAAACAAAGUUUCACAUUCAACAGUGAUUAAUGAGGUGAACUUGAACACUACAAGCGGCAAUUGUCGUGAUUGGUUAAUAAUUGCAGUCAUGGCUACCCGAUUACAUCAUGCUUAGCGUAUCCAAUCAGAACGUUCGUUACUAGUUGACAUAGAAUAAUUUGGCGAGCACUUUAUGCAAUUUUGAUAUUGAGUCUAUGUCAAAUAUUUUAACCGUUUUUAUACUAAUAUAAACAAUACGUUGGGAAUGGUCUUUUUCAAAGAAGUGCUCUGUUUUGUAUUUAAGCUCCGGGCAAUUUGUUGAAUUUUUAUGUGAUUAAUCUGCACAAUUUAUAUACGCAAAGCCACAGUUGCUAUAACAGGUUUCUUUUAUUAUAAUUAUAGAGAUGCAAUUUUCACCAAAAUAAUAUUAAUAUGCAUCAGACUUAAGUUGGUGACAUCGAUGUUUCUUAGGACAUAACUCAAUCGAUACUUUGAUACACACGCUUCUGACAGCACCUUGUUUCAACGCUUUUAUUUGCACGGAUAAUUAUUGAUUGGUUUUAAUCUUCACACGAUAUCUAUUCAAAUAUGAAAUUUAUUGUAAGACUUGUCUCAUCCUGCAAACGCCCUGUAUUUUGGAGGUCAUAAUGGAGUUGUCAGGGUAUGAAAACAACUUAUACAAUAUAAAUCAUAGUUCAAAGUACCCGGAUGUUGUGUAUCAGAUGAUCAAGACAUUGCAAUUCUAACGUCAAUGUAGUAUUGGUGACAUGAUCGGUUUUAUGACAUAUUCGCACGGGUCCAUUUUUAUAUAAACCGAAUUUCUAAUUUUACACUCACCGUUCAAACGUAUAUUUUAUUCUCGCGUGAGUAUGAUGUAGCGUAUCGGUCACGCAUGAUAUGAUUAUGUCAUGUGACCUAUGUUUUUCUUUCUGCAUUGUAUCAAGGCCGCCAUUUUGGUUACGGGUUAUUUCAUGGAUGUCUGUCCGCAACAUCAUAUUAUCGACCCCGAAGACGAUCAUUGCCUAGGUGCCGGGCACGAAUUGGGAUAUUAGUGUAUAUGCACAUAAAUGGCACUGACUUUAUGAUCGCUUCUCAUCACAUAAUUACGUUUAAUUUUACGAGUGAAAUAAAUUUGUUAGGUCAAUUAUGCACAAGCUAUAAUUUGAAUAUUGUCAGCACAUAUUUCCGUUGUAUUUUAUUUUAUUUACAUUUAUGUCAAUUUUCUUUCAAUAUUUUGAUGCAUGAUGUGCAGUAUCAGGAAAACACAAAUUAUUGUUCUGCUUUUAUAUAUCCACACAGAUUCAGUUUUAUUAUUAUAGUUAGCCAAAAUUUUGAAAUAAUCAAUAAUUAAUUUUAAUCGACCGAUGUCUGGGGCGAGUUACUUUAGUUCGUUGUAAAGUCUACAUUGGGUAACACUAUUAUCAUGUCAAUAAAAUUGGCGCCUAUACAAUGAGGGCGUAAUUCUUGCAUUUAAUUGAAUGUGGUUACAGUGCAAUAUUUAAGUCUCGCAUACUCCCGAGACCGCGGCGAGAUGUGGAAUUGACGUUUAUUUUCGCUGACCAUAUAAGAUUUGAUACAUUUAAAUCGUGUAUUCAGAUUUUACAUGUCAAGACCGGUCCUACUAGAAACCGAACUAUCCAUCACUCUCUCUAAAACGAUAUUUUUAAAUCAAGCACUGGGUCUUUGAUAAAGCGUUACGCGAAUGAGCACGAUACGCGUUCAUAAAGCGACGCAUGUGGCGCUUUAAGACUGUCAUUCAUAUUGAGGCUGUUCAGGUCGACUCCAUUGAAAACAAUCCUCAGAAUAAAUGUAUCCCAAUACUCAACUCGCCCAUCCAUGAGAAAUGUAUUCUUAAAUAUCUGUGAGAACCUGUUUUUCUCUCAAUGUUCAGCUAAGAUGAUUAUUUUAUAUACAUACAUGUAUAAGAGAUAUAUUUGGGGUGAUUUCUAUGAAUUGUAAUAUUCUGUAUAUUAAAUGAAAAAUAAAUACAGCUUGUAAUAUU